UGAAGAAGAUGAGACGAGAUCCUCGCUGAGGGAAAACACUGUUACAUCUGCGAUGGAGCCUGGUGCCUGCAGGAUGCCUCCGCUCCUCUCCCGCGUCCACUCCCUGCAGCUUUGGCAUCUCCUCCUCCUGGUCUCUGCCGUCCCUCCCCCCGGCGUCUGGUCUCUUCGUUCCCGGGGUCCGGCAGCCCCUCGGCCUCUCUGCGCCCGUCGGAGCCCCUCGGCCCCCCGGCCCAUGUGCAUCUGGGACAGGACCUCGCUGCUGCAGGAGAGGAGGGAUGCUCGCCCGGCCGCCCCACGCCAGCGGGCCCUGCCACCCCGGGGGUCGGAGCUGCGGCACGUGGUGCGGCUGCGGCGCCAGGCGGUGGGGGCCCGCCCCGCCACCCCCUCCGGGUUCGAGGACGGCAUGCCCUCCUCCCAGUACCCCUGGGCCAUCGUCUGGGGCCCCACGGUGUCGGACGAGGACGGCGGGGACGCCAACUCGGCCAACCCGGGCUUCCCGCCCUUGGGUUACACCUUCGUCUCACCGCACGGGAUGGCGACGGCGCAGCCCAACUCCCACUCGCUCCUGCACAACGCGGGGCUCAACCUGCGCGAGACCCCCGCCACCCUGCGGCCCUUCUUGUUCGGGCCCCGGGGGGAAGGUGUAGACCCCCAGCUGUACGUCACCAUCACCAUCUCCAUCAUCAUCGUCCUGGUUGCCACCGGGAUCAUAUUCAAGUUCUGCUGGGACCGUAACCAGAAACGCCGGCGUCACUCGGGGCAGCAGAGCGGUGGGAGGCAGCAGGAGAGCCAGCAGCCCCUCACGGACCUCUCCCCCACCACCGUCAGCAUCCUGGGGCCCUACGGUGACUCCCUGACCCCCACGCCUGAGGCAGAGGAGUCCAGGCAAGGCCAGGAGGGUAUGGAGAAACUAGGGGGCCAUGGGAAGAGCACGGCCUUCCAGCUCAACCGAAUCCCCUUGGUGAACCUGUGAUGCUCACAGGAGGAGCAGAGCUGGCUGUCCCACCCUCCGAUGUUGCAGCCGGCCAGCGCCGACUCCCGCCGCCUCUGCUACCCCCAGGAACAAACGACCUCCUUGUGCCACGGCUCGCCACCACCAUGAUUAACUAACUCCACCAGGACGUGCCUGGGCAAAUGGACGAGCUGGGCCGCCCUAGCUUCCCACUGGGGGAAGGUUGGGGACCCCGUACCCCCCAGCCCACGCAGGACAGGGUGAUGAGAGAGCAGGACGGUGGGGAGGGAAGACAGCUGGUGGUGGUGUGACAUCUUGGCCUCCCCGGCCCCUCUUCUAGCACACACGCAGACACACACACACCCCUGGACCUCCAUGACUCUCUCACCAGUGCAUGCCUGUCAUUGGGGUAGGCAAGGUGGAAAGGCGUACCCCUGUCCCUGUGGGCCCUAACCCCUCUGUGUGUCCCUUCCCAUGUUGUGUGCUUUGAAGUGAACGUCUGGAGUUCAGUGGCUGCAGGAUUGCCUGCCGGGGCUCGCUCUCCCCUGAGCCCGGGCUCAGGCGGUGGCAGGUUCUUCUGUUGCCGAGGCCUUGGCCCUCCUGAGGGUCCCAAGGGUGGGUGAAGCUUGGGCAGAAGAGGCUCACGCAGCACCUGGGUCCCCUCAGCAACCCAUUUCCUUAAGGAAACAUUACCUCCCCCCUGGAUGGAAGAUUCUCACAUCUUUCCAUUUUCUUUCCGCCUAACACUCCUCUGCUGUUUUUCUCUUCAGUUUGUACCUUUCUUCACCUCUCCAUCUCCAAUUGUUUUCUCUCAGUUCCUCCCCCCACCUCUUGCCAGUUAAAGUUGGAAAAAGUUCCUUUAGCUUUCCAAACGUUUCAAUCUCUUGGGAGCCUCCCUGCUGUCCCCCUCCAUCCCCUCAGUCUCCUUCAGCAAAGUUUUUCCUGGUGGUCAUCAGUCUAUGGUGAUGUUCUGCAGAAAAAUCUGAGGCGAAGCCCUCUGCCCACCACGUUAUUUAGCAAGUGUCCUGUCCAUUGGGGUACCACCAAAGCAGCUAAAGCGUGGCAUGUAGAUAUAGCUGGGCAUGAGGAAUUUGGGUUUUCCUGGGCUGAGGUAGGGAAUUGCUGUCAGACACUCAUGGCACAGGUGACAAGCAGCACAUACGACUCUGUGUGCCUGGGGUGACAAAGAACAAUUUAGCGCUGACCUCGGGAACGUUGGGAGCGUUGCCAUGUACUGCUGGUGGGUGUCUCCUGGAAUGCAGGGUGACUGGAGACCCAAGAGGCAACACUCACCAAGACCAUGAGGGAGCAGGUAUCUGGUGCCUUCAUCAGUGUGUUGUCCCAACUGGUGGGGAACUGAAACCAACGGCACAGGUAUUGGUGCAAACUGGUUGCCUGAGCAUGUACUUUGGGGCUGUGGUGGUCCGUAGGUCAGGCAGCCCCACUGGCAGUUACUUGUGUGAGCAAGGUCAGUGCGUCUCAGCCUCUUCCUAUGCGUGGACCCGUCGGUGUCACUUUGAGAAAGUGUGAAAUGGCAAAUUUCAGCUUAAUGACAAUAGUUGCUCUCCCUUGGCUUUUGUGGACACCUUUAAAGUUAUUCACAGGCCCCCUGCAUUGACAGCCACCGAGCUGAAAUGAUGCAGAUUUAGGUAAAGUUGCCCCUAUACUGUACAAACACCUUCAGCUGCUGGACUGAUGUGGCCAGAGACAGGAAACUCACCCACAAUUUGAAGGCCCUAAUGUACCUUACAAGAUCUCUGACAAAAGUCAUCUUGGAGAAAAGGAAAUGGCCCUUUCAUCCUUUAUCUGUGCAGUAAAAGCCUAUUCUUUAUAGGACAAAGCACACGGAAUUUCAUAAGAGGCCUGUUUCUGCCCAUUUACCCAGCUGAACCAUUAGGUGAUCUCGGGUCUCAUCUGACUCACCGUGAAGGACAUUUAAAUGAGAGAGUAAAUUGCAAUAAGCUUCGCAAAAAACAGUAGAGAUUUGGAGAAAAUGACAGGUCAAAUAAAAUUACUGGCUUAUUAAAAGCACAGAAUGGCUGAAAGGUGUAGGUGGAAAAGGACUCUGGAGGUCUCUAGUCUAAGCACAGGUUGAGUUGCCGCUUAUAGUAGGGGAUAUUAUUGCUUUACCCCAGAUAAAUCUGUUAUUGAGCCUUUUCCUUAUUCAGGCUUCAUUCAAGGCUUUGGUGGAGACAUUGGAGCUGCAGGUGGAGGGAGAAGGGGGGCAGAUGGCCGUUCUUGCCCGCUGCCCCGCUUGCCACAGCCCCCACCAGCCGAGGGCAGCUCGGGGCCGUUCCUCCUCUCGCUGGCACGUCGGGGCUGGAGAAGGCCAUCUGUCUGGCAAGAGGCUGCGCUGCUUAUUGCUGGCAUUUUACACUAUAAUGCCUUCAACCGGUUUAAGUAAUCUUCCAGACCAGAUUAAUUAGAUUUCUCUUUGAUCAAUAGCGCUCGUUGAAACAAGGCCAGAGUUUAGACUCUACCACUUCAAGGGCUGUCCUUGGACUUUCCCAUCCCACGCACUACAUGGAGAGAAGGUCUGUAAGGAAGUGGCAGGGCACCGCAGGUGCCGUAGUGAAAACAUUUUCCAACGCCGGAUGAGGGGAAGCCCUGCGCUCUGCUCACCAGGCUUUUGUGAACUCUACAAACAAAUCAGAUUUCAGUGUUUUGCGUAGGUUUUUUUUUCCCCCCUCUCUAACAUGUCUCUGUUUUUGUUAAAAGUAUCUCCAGGGAAUGAAGCCUUUCAUGGAUGCUGCGGUAAGGGGGAAGCUGGGGAAUGCAGUAGAGAAAACUCUUGCAAUGACAGAAGCUUGGAUAUGCUAAACAUCUUUUCCAAGAUCAAUUUUUCUAGCCAAAUAUGUUUUUAUGACAGUCAUUUACCCUCUGACACAAAACAGGUUAGAUAUGGGAAGCAACUUCAUCGUCCUGCCCAAACUUUCAUUGAUAUAUUUUGUCCCUGGAACGAAACAUUCAAAGCACCUGUGGACACACAAGCUUCUUCCAGUCAAUAAAUAAUCUCACUGGUUCUGCUUUCUCCAUGGCUGGAGCCUUAUAAACCAUCUCCCCAUCCGCAGACUGGAGCCAGAGCAUGCCUGCAGUCUCUUCCCUAGCCCAGGCUAAUAUUCUGUGACACGCACACACAGACAGGUUGACAGCACCAAGUACCAAGCCAGGGCAGAGGCCAGCAUCUUCUCAGUCACAGCCCGUCAGGUUUCCUUGUCUUUUAGGUGACUGGAGGAGAAAGAUCUGGAUUAAUUUUUUGCCAGUGGAAAUUUUACGGAGAGAAAGGUGUGCGGGGGAAAACGACUGAAAGUGUUGGUAGCAUUAGACUGACCCUGCCCAACAUUUCUGUGCCAUUAAAAGGAAACAUCGAGGUGGGCUGGGUGAGUGGAAGGCCCCAUGCUAGCCCUGAGCUCCUGGAGGGAUGUGGCUCUGUUAACACAAGGGUGGUCCUUCUGUGAGCCCAGUGGGAAAGAGGGAAGGUCUGGAGGAGAACCUCUCCCUUCCACCCGGCACUGUUCCAGGGCAGGAACUGGAGUCUCCUUCUCCUUCCCCAGCAGAGUGACGUGACCACAAGGCCAAAUCCUGCUUGGGUUUUCCCAUCUGGUCGGUUGUGACUGGUAAGCAGGGGAGCAGACCUUCGGUGUGUGCUUUCACAGCGUUCCUCCGGUCUUGUUUACGGGGACUCACAUCCAGCCAAGCAUCCCACGUCUUCAGAGAGGGCUAUCUACCUCUUCCUCAACGGCACCUAAGUGCCCUUGCAAAUCUGGUCCCUUCAUUCCCCACUCCCCUUUCCUGAUACGGAAAAGCUCUUGGGAAGGAGCGGUUUGCUCAUUUCCCCACAAAAUUCUCCAACACGAUCACCUUCAGACUGCUCUGGAUUAAACUAUGGCACAGCCUUAGAGCCGAGUCCUGUAGCACAAGAGCCCUGGGCCAAACUCCAGCUCCCCCAUGGCACCCCCCCUGCUGCUGUCUCACUGUAGUCCUGGCCCUACCUUGGCAAGACCAUAGAGGGGUGCAGGGGGGGCCCUUCCUUCACUGACUGCUGGCUCCCUACUCCUUUUUUCCUGCUGUUUUCCCCUCUCCCACUGUUUUUUCCCACUUCCCACUCCUGUCCUGUACCACGGUCUCCCUCCUGGUUAUCUCUCCCCUCCUGCUGUUUCGCUCUCCCCUGCUCCUCUCUUGUUCUCCCUUCGCCACUCGGUCUUGUUCUGCCGCCGCUCCCGUCCUCCCCUCCGUCCUCCCUCCUGCUUCCCCGCUCGGUCUCGCUCUUCUCCCCCCCUCCUCCCCUGCCCUUGUGCGCUGUGAUAUAUAUUUUUGUAGGAUUUCUCUUCUCCUCGUGGUGAAAUAUUCAAUUCUUGUGGGAUGUUAGUUUCAACAUUUUUAAAUAAACCUUUGCAAAAUA